AUGAAAAAAGUUGGUGGACCAGAGGGCAUUCUGCAGAAUGGGGCCGUGGAUGACAGCGUGGCCAAGACCAGCCAGUUGUUGGCUGAGUUGAACUUUGAAGAAGAUGAAGAAGAUACUUACUACACGAAGGAUCUCCCUGUGCAUGCCUGCAGUUACUGCGGAAUACACGAUCCUGCUUGCGUGGUUUACUGUAACACCAGCAAGAAGUGGUUCUGUAACGGGCGUGGAAAUACUUCUGGCAGCCACAUUGUAAAUCACCUCGUGAGGGCAAAAUGCAAAGAGGUGACUCUGCACAAGGAUGGGCCCCUGGGGGAGACAGUUCUGGAGUGCUACAACUGUGGCUGCCGAAAUGUCUUCCUCCUCGGCUUCAUCCCUGCCAAGGCCGACUCGGUGGUGGUGCUGCUGUGCAGGCAGCCCUGUGCCAGUCAGAGCAGCCUCAAGGACAUCAACUGGGACAGCUCCCAGUGGCAGCCCCUGAUCCAGGACCGUUGCUUCCUCUCUUGGCUGGUCAAGAUCCCUUCUGAGCAGGAGCAGCUGCGGGCCCGGCAGAUCACCGCCCAGCAGAUCAACAAGCUGGAGGAGCUCUGGAAGGAAAACCCUUCUGCCACCUUGGAGGACCUGGAGAAGCCAGGCGUGGACGAGGAGCCGCAGCACGUCCUCCUGCGGUAUGAGGACGCCUACCAGUACCAGAACAUAUUCGGCCCUCUGGUCAAGCUGGAGGCCGACUACGAUAAGAAACUGAAAGAGUCCCAGACUCAAGAUAACAUCACGGUCAGGUGGGACCUGGGCCUUAACAAGAAGAGAAUCGCCUACUUCACUUUGCCCAAGACUGACUCUGACAUGCGGCUCAUGCAGGGGGAUGAGAUAUGCCUGAGGUACAAAGGGGAUCUGGCACCCCUGUGGAAAGGGAUCGGCCACGUCAUCAAGGUCCCUGAUAAUUAUGGCGAUGAGAUCGCCAUUGAGCUUCGGAGCAGUGUGGGUGCGCCCGUGGAGGUGACUCACAACUUCCAGGUGGAUUUCGUGUGGAAGUCAACCUCGUUUGAUAGGAUGCAGAGUGCGCUGAAAACGUUUGCUGUGGAUGAGACCUCUGUCUCGGGCUACAUCUACCACAAGCUGCUCGGGCACGAGGUGGAGGAUGUGAUCAUCAAGUGCCAGCUGCCGAAGCGCUUCACGGCACAGGGGCUCCCCGACCUCAACCAUUCGCAGGUUUAUGCUGUCAAGACUGUGCUGCAGAGACCGCUGAGCCUGAUCCAGGGACCACCAGGCACGGGGAAGACGGUGACCUCUGCCACCAUCGUCUACCACCUUGCUCGGCAGGGCAACGGGCCUGUGCUCGUCUGUGCUCCGAGUAACAUAGCUGUGGAUCAGCUGACUGAGAAGAUCCACCAGACUGGGCUGAAAGUCGUGCGGCUCUGCGCGAAGAGCCGCGAGGCCAUUGACUCCCCAGUGUCCUUCCUGGCCCUGCACAACCAGAUCAGGAAUAUGGAUAGCAUGCCGGAGCUGCAGAAGCUACAGCAGCUGAAGGACGAGACGGGGGAGCUGUCCUCUGCUGACGAGAAGCGGUACCGGGCCCUGAAGCGCACCGCCGAGAGGGAGCUGCUCAUGAAUGCAGAUGUCAUCUGCUGCACGUGUGUGGGUGCAGGGGACCCGAGGCUCGCCAAGAUGCAGUUCCGUUCCAUUUUAAUUGAUGAGAGCACCCAGGCUACCGAACCAGAGUGCAUGGUCCCUGUGGUCCUUGGCGCCAAGCAGCUCAUCCUCGUGGGUGACCACUGUCAGCUGGGCCCUGUGGUGAUGUGCAAGAAGGCAGCCAAGGCCGGACUAUCUCAGUCACUCUUCGAGCGCCUGGUGGUGCUGGGCAUCCGUCCCAUCCGCCUGCAGGUCCAGUAUCGGAUGCACCCUGCGCUCAGCGCCUUCCCAUCCAACAUCUUCUACGAGGGCUCUCUCCAGAAUGGCGUCACGGCAGGUAGUGCUCAGCCCAGAGUGGGGGGCCUGGAGGGAGUGCAGCCUGGGGAGGUGAAACCUGUUGUCACGGCCUAAGCGGCUUACAUGGUGAUCACUUACGUGUAGGGGGGACCUCAGAGAGGUACAGUGGUCUGCAGGACGGCAUGUCCACUCUGGAGUGUGGGACGUCCUUGGCCCGUGGGCAAGGGGGAGCUUGUCCUUGUAAAAUGCAGGGUCACUCCAUGAGAAUUCACGCUGGGGGCCUGUCACACGGUGGACAGAACAGGAGGUGGCUGAGCUGACCGUGCCUCCACUCCUCACUCCGGUGCUCUCAUACCCCGGGCCCUGGGGCUUCACAGGACUGAGGCCAGAACUACUCUCAUAGUAACACUGAGGGAUCGUGUGCCCUUUUGCCAUGCGGACGCUCGUGCUGAGGGUACAGAAACAACCCUGGAGGGCUGGCUGGUGCCUCGACAUGAGUGGGGACAGUGCUGCCGGACUGCCAUGUGUCGUCACCACCACAUGCUUGCAGCAGGCAAGACCCUGAAUGCAUCAGUGGAGAGUACUCACUUUACUAACCCCUUGGGUGCCCAUCCGGAUGACCCUGUGUGUGAUGAGGUAGGGAGUUCUGAGACACUUGAAGGGUGUGGUAGGUGCUUUUAAAAGGAUUCAGGGACACAGUAUGGUCGGUCAUUCAGACUGGGGUUGAGUUCAGCAGUGCUUUGCCAGAAAUGAUCAAAGUGAGUCAGCCCAUGGCUUCAAGGAAAACAAUUGACAGUAUUUAUCUCCAGUGAUAAAACCUGAGGAUUCAAAAUGAAAAUCAGAAUUUUGGAAAACUCAUGUCCCUAAUCUGGGCUGACCAAGUCUUUCCAAUGCUGAGUGGCUUUUCUGGUGGGAUCUGUUGUGGUGACAAAUGUCCGUGAGGCGUGCGAGUCUUUGGGAGCUCUGCCAGACUUGGUGAGCAAGUACUUCCCAUUCUGAUGGCCAGCAAGGGCAUUACAAAGUCAGAGGCCGUCCCAAAGGCAGGGCAGAAGAGAGAAGCCAGCAUCACGAACCUGCAGGGUGACCUCCUGUCCAGCUUUGGUCUGGAAUCGGUUAAAACCCCACGAUUGUGGGGAAAGUUAUAAAACACUCUUCCCUUUUCCAACUAUGUGCAUCUGUGACGCCCGAUCGUCCUACUGCAAGGGCUGAUGGGAGACUGAGCACAGAAGCAGAGUCAGCCACGUCGCUGAGUUGCAGAAACUCAAGAGAUACAUAUUUUAGUGGGAAAUGUUAUUUAUUUAUUUUUUAAAGAUUUAUUUAUUUGAGAGAGCGAGAAUGAGAGAGAG